GUUUUUAACAUUCUAAAAGCUCUUUAUUCAAAAGAUAAUACAGGCUAGUCAGUGUAUUCAUUAGUAGCUUCAGAAUCAUAAGGUAUUGCAACAUACAACAAUAAUUAGGACAAUAAUAAAACAGUCCGUUGACAUAAAACAAGGAAAUUUACUUUUAGUACUUAAGAACAUUUAAAAGCAAGUAUUUUAUAAGUAAAAGUCUGUGUAAAGUAAAAAUCUUUACAACUUUAACUUGUAAUAGAGUGAUAUUUGAUCAGCACUAUAUGCAGUUUUACUCUCAAGUAAUAUAUUUGUGUACUUUGUCCACCUCUGGAAAUUGUACUGUGAUUCUGUUUUAUAUUCUGAAUGUUUAAGCACAAAGGAUUGUUUAAUAACACAACAGUGCUCAAUACAAAGUCCACCUCAGUAAUUUAAUAACUCUUCAGUGAUGUAUAAUGUAUUAAAACUGAGUAUAGCGAGUUUAAUAGAGUGUUGUUCUGUAGCCACUAGCUUGAUAUUCAUUCCAAGGCAUGAUAAAGAGAUAUGAGCUGUUCCUCUUAUCUCGGAAUAUGAGUAAAUAAUUCAAAUGGCAGAGUGGACUUUGUUACCCCUGAGUGGCACAUUUAAUGGCACGAUGCUUUAUCAUGGCCAGCAAAAAGCCAGUGUCCCCCGGCCUUCGUAUUAAGGACUUGACCUUCAGUGGAGUUCCAGUGAGGGUGUAUGAGCCUAAAACUGCCUCGGGAGAGAAAAAAAGGGGCCUGGUGUACUUUCAUGGUGGUGGAUGGAUGUUUGGCUGCAUUGAUGAUUACGAUGAAGUUUGUCAGUAUAUAUCUCUGGAGAGUGACACCAUAGUUGUUUCUGUUGGUUACCGUCUGGCCCCCGAGCACAGGUACCCUGCCCACCUGGACGACUGUGAGGUCGUGACUCGCCAUUUCCUGUCAACAGCGGCAACCGAUUUCGAGGUGGACCCUCACAGGGUGGCAGUUGGUGGGGACAGUGCAGGGGCGAACCUGGCAGCCGCUCUCUGCCAGAGGCUGUCAAAGACACCGGAUUGUCAUCUGCCAUCUCCCUGUGCCCAGGUUCUCAUCUACCCAGCACUACAGAUGGCAGAUUUCCACCUGCCCUCAUACCAGCAGAACCACUCUGUGCCCAUAUUGUUCAGAGGCAGAGCGGCGUUCUAUUUCUUACAGUACCUCAAUGGGAAUACUUCUGUGAGCCAGCAGAUUCUGGAAGGCAAGCAUGUUCCUGUCGAGCUAAAACUUCGCUUUAAGAAAUGGCUGGAUCCAGAUAAUCUUCCACCUCAGUUUAGAAAAGGAGCAAGAAGUCCGCAGGUUAUUCCAAGCCAUGACCGUGAUGUCUAUCACAUCAUCAAACAAGGGCUGGAUCCAGAGAUCUCCCCUUUACUAGCCGAGGAUGAUGUUAUUAGCCUUGCGCCACCCACCUUCAUCUUGACCUGUGAGUUCGAUGUGCUGAGGGAUGAUGGCAUUCUGUUCCGCAAGCGACUGAAGGAUGCAGGAGUGGAAGUCACGUGGGAGCAUCUAUCUGAUGGCUUCCACGGGAUCAUCAGUUUCUUCAACCAGGGCUGGUUGACAUUUCAAUCUUCUCAAAGGGGUAUGGACAGCAUUGUAAGAUAUAUAAGGACUCUCUGACUGAGAAGUCAGAAGAUUUGUCAGAAUGGCUUGGAACAUAGCCUGUAAGAAAUAUAGCAAUCCGAUCACUUUCCCAUUUGUUUUAAAGAAGAGUUAUAAGGUUGUUAAAGAUUUGCCAAAAAAUACAGAGACUGGCAACCAGGUAAAGCAAGAAUGAUAAUUCUACAAAAUUGAGGAAUUUGAUAGAAUGUUUGAAUUUCAAUUGAUUAAAUUAAUUUAGAGUUUCUUCUCAACAGAUGAUCUAAACUCUAAGUUAAAGUUAUUCAUAUAAUAACUCAAUACCAAUAUCAAUAUCAAUACGUUGAACUUCGUUGAACAACAUCUUUAAAUCAUAGUCUAUAAUUCACAAUGCAUCAUGGGAUUGUAGUUCUUUUUUGUAUAAUUUUCAAAUACUUUUUGUUUUUGCAUAAAAAAAUCAAGGUUUGUAAUGUUGUGAUUCACCUCGUAGCUGGUUGGUUUGUUUCAUGGCUAAUUAAAUAUGUUAAAAGUACCUAUAGGAAAAAAGAAUAGAAAAAUAAUUCUAGAAAUGAGGCUGCUAAAAAAAGAUCUUUACUGAUUUUUUCCUUAAAGAAUCAUUGUCAUUCAGCAAUAUUCUGCGAAUAAUA